GGAGGAGGAGGAGGAGGAGGGGGGAGAUGCUGCCCAAAAUCCCGGCAUCCCUCGGUGCAGCCGCUGGACCGCGGCGCGAGCCCUCGGCCGCCGGGAUCUGGGGGUGCUGGAGUAGGGUCUGGGGGUGCCAGGAGGCUGCCCCCACCCUGGGCACCCCAUUGUGGGGAGGCGCCAGCAUCAGAUCCCACCGCGUCAGGGGUCGUUUUCCACCUUCGCCUCCCUGCUGGGGGCCUCCUCGGCCGAUGCGGAUACAAAGCCGGAGGAGUCGCGGCCUUCCCAGGGAGAAAACCACUUCUUUUGGCUUUUUUUUUUUUCCUGAGAAAACCCUUUUUUAACUUUUUUUUUUUUUUGGGAAAAAAAUGCAUCUUUUUGCUACCAUUUCAUUCCUGCUGCCUUUUAUUGCUGCCUCCACCAACCACGACUGCAUCAAAACACCCAGUUUGGGGAAAUCUGGAAGCCACGGGAUGAUUUUUCUUCCUUAGAGUCUUCAUUCCUGCAUUGAUGCCUUCAAAUCUCCACAAUUAAUUCCUUGGAAAACUGGGAUAGAAACCACUCUGCCCUUAAAACACUGAUAACGUGCUGCACAAACCCAGUUAGAACUGGGGAAAACCCCCUUACCCUGCAGCAAAUAUUUGCUGAUUUUUACGAGUUAUUGUUUUACAGGACUGAGAUUUGGGGGAGGAAUGGUCCCUCCAGGGACAGUGCCACUCCCCUCGGCACCUCACCUGCUGGAAAUAAGCUGAAUUAAUUCAAUUUAUUGGCCAAGGUGAUGGUGGGAAAUCAUCCAGGCGGUGGAAUAAGCCUUGAACCUGUGGUUGGGAUACAAACCUGUUGGAAUUAAUAAGGAAUUGAAGGAAACUCUUGGGAGACCAAAGCUCAUUCUUAUUUCUUACCCCCCAACACUUAUAAAUAGAGCCGGGGUUAUUUAUAAGGAGGGAUUAACACGGCGGGGAUGCAGAGGGGGAGCAGCAGGGAUUCCCUGGGUAAAUCCUCGCUGCACUCUGCUGCAAGAGUGUGGAUUUUUCCUUGUAAAGCCUUAUCCUUAAGCAAAAAAGAGGUAGGACGGGGAGUGAUGCGGGAAGCGGGGAUGGGUCCCUCGGGGCUGGCAGCCGUCCCUGCCAGCUGGGACCUGUCGCUCUGGCACAGCGGCUAAAAAUAACCCAAAUCAAGCCCAAUAGUUGCCAGCUCGCGAGGCGAAGGGUCGGGCUGGCUUUAGCAGAUGGCCCUGCUUUUCUGUCUUUAUUUAUAUCGAGUUCUAUUUAUUUUUCCUCCCUGGCUUGAGAGGGAGGUGAGGCUGAACCGUGACGCUGCCUCGUUUGCUGGUGCCGGGGUGAGGACCCAGCAGCUCCUGCAGACUUGGAAUCCAAGUUUCCGAGGAUGCUAUCGCAUCCCUACAUCUUUCUUGGACUACAACACAUCCCUACAUCCUUCUUAGAUUAUUCCAUAUCCCUUUUUUGCUGUUCAUGUCUGGUUUGGGGGUACCUCCGUGGUGGGGCAGCUCAUCCCCACUGGAUUUUCCCCUAUCCCUUGGGAUGAAUUUGCUGCUGGGAUGCAUUUUUUCUGCUAGGUCGCUCUUACCCCAAUAGGAGAUUUGCUAUGAAAAAUGAUGCAAAAUAACUCCAUUUUUAGUUCGGCGAGGCCAAAUUAAAGGUCAUGGUGGGUUGUUUUGGAGAGCUGGUAAUUCUCCUCGUGCUCACAGCUGGAAAAAUACCCAGCCCUGGGACAAACGGGCUGGUGGGAGCUUAUGUCAACUGUCAAAACGGGAAGUGACCUUCUCCCGCCCCGCUGGUGGGAUAAACUCGGGACCGAGUUGCAGGGCCUGGCCGUGCAUCCUUGUCCUGCUUCCCUCUCCAAAUGCAGGAGCCUUCAGGUUGCUGGGAGGGUGAAGCAAACCAGUAAGGAAACUUGUUUCUGGAUAAGCCAUAUCCUGGGCUGCAUCCAAAGCAGUGGGACCAGGAUUCUGCCCCUCUGCUCCGCUCGGGUGAGACCAAACCUGAAGCCCUGUGUCCAGUUCUUAAAUCUCCAACAUAAGGAGGAGGGCAGGGGUUGGGACUGGAUGGGCUUCCAACCCUUCCGUUGAGGUCCCUUCCAACCCAAACCAUUUUAUGAUUCUAGAAAACAUCUCUACUGGGUUUAUUUUUCCCAGGUUUUAUACUUUUUGACUUGCUUUAAUCUUUUUUUUUUUGAGGCAUCAGGAAUAAGGUUGGGUUUUUUUUUUACUCCAUGGUCCUCAUCUCUGUCACAUCUCCUGGUGGGUUGGUUUGCUGUGGAUUUAUAGCUUGGUUGGCAUCGCAUCCGUAGGAGUAAAACCUGGAGCUUGCAAGAAGGAGAGAGAAAGGACUGGCCUACUCCCACUCUAAUGGGAAACAGAUUAGGUGACAUCGGAGACAGCUUUGGCUGCCAAUUGCCCUCUGUCUUGAGCGCUAGGAAGAGAGUUCAAGGAGGACAAAUAAGUGUCCCUGGAACCUUCUCCCAAAUAAAUGCCGACUGAUGCGUUUAUGGAAGCAAUGGGCUUGUUGCAAAAGCAGCUGGAAGAGGAUAUUUGCAGUGAUGACACAGGAAAGCCUCGGGAAAAGGCACAGGCGGAGCACCCCGACGCCCUGUGCCAUGGCUUCCUCGGAGCUGCCCCCCCACCCCGCAGUAGGUGACCAUCUCCCCCUGGACACCCCCAGCCCGUUGCCCCAAGGGGAGGAUGACCUCGGCGAAGCCUUUGACUUUGAGGAGAGUGAGGAAGAAGAGGAGGAGGAAGAAGAAGACUCAGCGGUUGAGCCGAGCGGUGAAGCAGUCCUCAGGGCACCCCCUCGCCGCCGGCGGGCUGGCAGCUCUGGUGUCGAUGGGCUGGUAUCGGAGACCCAGCAAGGCUCACCGGUGGGAGUGAGCAACGGGGAGGCUGGUGGAGACCCCCACAUCGGUGUCCGGACCUGGAAGAGGGAAAGCAUCUGCAGCGGUGAGCGCUUUGAGUUUGCAGCAGUGGAGGAUGAUGUGAUCUAUGAUGAUGUCCCGUGUGAAGCCCUCGAUGCCGAGCAGAACGGCCCAGGGUCGGAGCGCAGCCUGGUCUACGAGGAGGUGCAGCGUGGUGAGGGACCACGGGCUGGCGAGGACUUGGGCUGGAGCUCCAGUGAGUUUGAGAGCUACAGUGAGGAUUCAGGCGAGGAAACCAAGCCGGAGGCUGAGCCAGCCAAGCAGCGGGCAUCCUUCCAGCCCAAGCUUUCUCCAGACCUGAAUAGACUAAAGGAGAGAUACGCCAGGACUAAGAGGGACAUCCUGGCUUUAAGAGUUGGGGGGAGAGACAUGCAGGAGCUGAAGCAGAAGUACGAUUGGAAGAUGACCCAGCUGAUGAAAGCAGCCAAAAGUGGCACCAAGGACGGUUUGGAGAAGACCAAGAUUGCGGUGAUGAGGAAGGUGACGUUCCUGCACAGGAAAGAAGUGCCAGGGGAUGGGAAGUGGAGGAGGAGGGCGGCGGAGGCGGAAAAGCAGCCGCCUGCCCGCUGGAGCUCGAGGGUCUCCCUGGAGCAUCACGGGGGAGGGGACUCGGAGGAGGAGGAUACGGGUUUCCUGGAGGUCACAGUCUCCGACAUGAAGCACCCACCACCAGAGCUGGGCCCCAUGCCCGAGGGGCUGAGCCCACAGCAGGUGGUACGUCGGCAUAUCCUGGGCUCCAUCGUGCAGAGUGAGCGGAGCUACGUGGACUCCUUGAAACGCAUCCUGCAGGAUUACAGGAACCCACUGAUGGAGAUGGAGCCGAAAGUGCUGAGUGCUAGGAAGUGCCAAGUGGUGUUUUUUCGCCUGAAGGAGAUCCUCCAGUGUCAUUCCAUGUUCCAGAUCGCCCUCGCCUCCCGUGUGGCUGAGUGGGACUCUGCGGAGAAGAUUGGGGACCUCUUUGUGGCCUCGUUCUCCAAGUCGAUGGUGCUGGAUGUCUACAGCGACUACGUCAACAACUUCACCACUGCCAUGUCUCUCAUCAAGAAGGCUUGUCUCACCAAACCUGCCUUUCUCGACUUCCUCAAGAAGAGGCAGAUGGCCAGCGCUGACCGGGUCACGCUCUACGGGCUGAUGGUGAAGCCUAUCCAGAGGUUCCCCCAGUUCAUCCUGCUCUUGCAGGACAUGCUGAAAAACACCCCCAAGGGCCACGCGGACCGUUUGUCCCUCCAGCUGGCUCUCACCGAGCUGGAGACGUUGGCAGAGAAGCUCAAUGAGCAGAAACGCUUGGCUGACCAAGUCGCUGAAAUUCAGCAGCUCAGCAAGAGCAUCAGUGACCGCAGCAGCCUCAACAAGCUGCUGAGCUCGGGGCAGCGGCAGCUCCUGCUCUGCGAGACAUUGACAGAGACGGUGUACGGCGACCGGGGGCAGCUCAUCAAGUCAAAGGAACGGAAGGUUUUCCUCCUCAACGACAUGCUGGUCUGUGCCAACAUCAACUUCAAGCCGGUGAACCCAGGAGGCCAGCUGGAAAUUACCAGCCUGGUGCCCCUGGGUCCCAAAUAUGUGGUGAAGUGGAGCACGGCCCUCCCGCAGGUACAGGUGGUGGAGGUGGGGCAGGAGAGCGGUGCCUACGACAAGGACAACGUUGUCAUUCACAACGCCGGUGCCAAGAAGCACGCGCCAACUGGGCAGGCUUCGCACAAUAAAGUCUACCUGGGCCCACCGCGGCUCUUCCAGGAGCUGCAGGACCUGCAGAAGGACCUGGCGGUGGUGGAGCAGAUCACACUUCUCAUCAGCACCUUGCAUGGCACCUACCAGAACCUGAAUAUGACGGUGGCUCAGGACUGGUGCUUGGCCCUGCAGAGGAUGAUGAAGGUGAAGGAGGAGGAGAUUCACUCUGCCAACAAGUGCCGCCUCCGUCUCCUGCUGCCUGGGAAGCCAGACAAGUCUGGUCGCCCCAUCAGCGUCAUGGUGGUGUUCAUCACUCCGAACCCCCUGAGCAAGAUCUCCUGGGUGAACCGCCUGCACCUGGCCAAGAUAGGACUGAGGGAGGAGAACCAGCCGGGCUGGCUCUGUCCCGAUGAAGACAAGAAGAGCAAAGCUCCUUUCUGGUGCCCCAUCCUCUCCUGUCACAUGCCUGCCUUCUCCUCCAAGGCACUUGAUCUGCAGCUUGGUGCUGCGGUGCACAACCCCGUGCAGUCCUCGCUGCUGGGCUUCUCCGCCGUCAGCACCUCACUGCCUCAGGGCUACCUCUGGGUUGGGGGUGGCCAGGAGGGCGCAGGGGGGCAGGUGGAGAUCUUCUCCCUCAACCGCGCUGUGCCACGGACGGUGAAGUCCUUCCCGGUGGCUUCACCGGUGCUGUGCAUGGAGUACAUCCCUGAGGCAGGUGAGGAGGAUCCAGCAAGCUCUCAGGAACCACGACCGACCACUGAACAGCCCCCCACAUCCCCGCAUCCCACCGUGUGCUUGGGCUUGCAGGAUGGCAGCAUUGUGGUCUAUGGCAGCGUGGACACAGGGACGCAGUGCUUGUUGACCUGCAAAAGCCCGGGCAUGCAACCCGUCCUCUCCUUGAAGCACAGCCCUGAGUACCUGUUUGCGGGGUUGCAGGAUGGGACCGUGGCCGCCUACCCCAGAAGCAAUGGAGGGCUGUGGGCACCAGGGGAGCAGCCCACCCGCCUGGCUGUGGGUACCGGCCCCGUCCGAGCCCUCCUGACGCUGGAUGAGACCCUCUGGGCCAGCUGCGCCAACCAGGUCACCGUCUUGGAUGCCACCAACCUCCAUGCCCAGCAAACCUUUGAGGCCCAUCCAGACACGGAGGCCAGCGUCACACACAUGAUCAAAGCGGGCAGCGGGGUCUGGAUGGCCUUUUCCUCAGGCUCCUCCAUCCGCCUCUUCCACACCGAGACGCUGGAGCAUCUGCAGGAGAUCAACAUUGCCACGAGGACCACCUUUGUCCUGCCAGGUCAUAAACACGUCCGAGUCACCAGCCUCCUCAUCUGCCAAGGGUCGCUCUGGGUGGGCACCGACCAGGGCAUCAUCGUGCUGCUGCCAGUGCCUCGCUUGGAGGGCAUCCCCAAAAUCACUGGAAAAGGCAUGGUGUCCCUCAACGGGCAUAGUGGUCCCGUGGAGUUUUUAGCGGUUGCCUUGAGCACCCUGGCACCUGACGUGCUAAAGGGUGACCAGGAGGAGGAGGAGGAGGGUGAGGAAGAGAAACCUCCCGAACUGGAUGGCCCCCCACCUCGGGAAAUGAGGAAAAAAGGGAUUUUAUUGCAGUACCGCCUCCGCUCCACCUCCCACCUCCCAGGGCAGCUGCUGUCGGUGCGGGAAGCGCCCGUUGGCGGCAUGCCGGCGCACACCGAGGAGGAUGGUUCCAUCUACGAGAUGGCCGAUGACCCCGACGUCUGGGUGCGGAGCCGCCCUUGUGCCCGUGACACCCCUCGCAAGGAGAUCUCCUCAGUGGCCAUCGUUUCAGGAGGUCGAGGAUACCGUAACUUCAACGCCGAAUCACCGCGCCGGGGUGGCGAUGCCGACAGUACCCUGCUCAUCUGGCAGGUCCCGUUGAUGCUAUAGCACCCUGGGACCCUCCCAUCCACCUGGCACCUACCUCAAAAAGCCACCCGAAAGCUGCCGGGGGUGGCCCUGCCCUGGGUGCAUCACCCUUUUUUUUUUUUUUUUUUUUUAUUUUAAGGAGGAAAAAAACUGAAAAAUGAACUUUUUUCCCCUCCCCAAAACCAGCUUUGUGCAUGGGAAGAGGGGUUUUUAAUAACGGGGAUGGCAACCUCCGUGCGGGCUUUGGAGGUGCCGGCUCUUUGGCCGAAGGCGUCUGUGUGUCUGUGUGUGAAUAUCUAUAUAUAUAUAAAUAUAUAUAUAAAUAUGAUGUAUAUUAUUACCUGUAUAAAAAAGGAAUUUGUAUAUAUUGGGGCACUUGGAGCUGCAGGAAUAGUGGUGGGAGCACUCAGCGGAUGCCGGCUGUGCCGAAACGGGGGGUUUUGCUGAAAUAGCCUUUUUUCUUUUUU